CCGGCAAAGACUUCCUUUUUCGCCGGAAGUGCUGAAAGUUGCAGGCGCACGCUGUCGUUUGUGCUGACCAAAAGCAAUCCUGGAUUUUAAAUUUCAUCGCAGACAGUACACACUUCACGGAAUACGUUUUUUCACUCGAUAACAGUGGUAACCUUCUACUGGAAUGUCCCGUUUCUUCGCAACUGGAUCCGACUCCGAGUCGGAGGAGUCAUCGUCCGCCGAUGAGCUCACCCCUAAAGCAACCGGGACUACUUUCACCAAGCAGAACCUGUUGCUUAGCGACGAUGAGGAGGACACUAAGAGGGUGGUUCGCAGUGCCAAGGACAAGAGGUUUGAGGAGCUCACCAACCUGAUCAAGACCAUCCGCAAUGCCAUGAAGAUUAAGGACAUAUCCAAGUGUCUGGAGGAGUUUGAGCAGCUAUGUCGAGCGUUUGUCAAGAGCAAAAACAUAGUGGACAAGGAGGGUGUUCCCAAGUUCUACAUCCGACUGCUUGCCGACCUGGAGGACUACCUCAACCAGCUAUGGGAGGACAAGGAGGGCAAGAAGAAGAUGAACAAGAACAACGCCAAAGCCCUGAGCACUCUGAGGCAGAAGAUCCGCAAGUACAACCGCGACUACGAGACCGAGAUCGGCAGCUACAAAGAGAACCCUGAUCAGUCUGCAGAGGAAGAGGAGGAGAAAGAUGAAGCAGAAUCUGGUUCAUCCUCUGACAGUGAUGAAGAUGGGGGAGAGGAGGUCACGGCUAAGAACUUCAUGAAGAAGAAGCCUCCCGCUGAGCCUGUGCCGGACGCCAGCAAGUUCCUCAAGGGGGCAGCGGAUGAGGAGUCGUCCAGUGACAGUGACGAGGAUGAUGAGGACUGGGGCUCCGAGGUGGUGGAGAGCAGCAGCGACAGUGAAGAGGGCGAUGCCAACGCUUCCUCACUGGCCGGCCUCUUCCUCAAAAAGACACAGGAGGGUGACCGCCAGGGUGCUGACCGCAAGGAGAAGAAGCGCAAGCCCAAGGUCAAGCUGGAGCGCACCGAGGAGGAGGAGGCUGACGAGCAGCAGGAUGAAGAGGCAGGCUGGGAGAAGGUCAAAGGGGGUGUCCCUCUGGUCAAGGAGAAGCCCAAGAUGUUUGCCAAAGGCACAGAGAUCAACACAGCUGUGGUGGUCAAGAAACUCAACGAGAUCCUGCAGGCCAGAGGCAAGAAGGGCACAGACAGAGCGGCGCAGAUCGAGCUGCUCCACGCCCUGUCGGCCAUCGCUGCGGAGAAUAACCUGGGCGAGGGCAUCCUGGUCAAGAUCAGGUUCAACAUCAUCGCCUCCCUCUACGACUACAACCCCAACCUGGCCGCCUUCAUGAAG